UCACGAUUGCAGGUGUACCGACUUUGCUCGCGCUCUAUACCCUCGACAUAUCUUAAUAAGGAUCUAGUGCUUGAAGUUAAUCACAAACAUGACGCGCUCAACAUCAGUAUGGGCCGCUGCCCUCAUCAUAGCCAGCAUUUCUGGCUCUGGACCCAUUGCACUAGCAGAGGCCAUGCCAGCACCGCAACCACAGCAAACACAGGGCAAGCCCCGCUACUACUUCCCGCGCCAUGUCAAGCGUCAGAUCAACACCGAGACGGCUAAUGUUACGGCACCCGCAACACCUUCCUCGUCCUCAUCCACCCUAUCCUCGAGCUCGAGCAGCGAGAAGAGAGAGCCUCAGCUCCCGAACUUCACAUCAUGGUUCAAUUCAUUGAUCAACUCUCAGUCAGCGUCCUCGUCUUCUUCGACAUCAUCUGAUCUCUUCUCUACCCAGAGCGAGCAGGACUUUUCAAGUGCGGCGCCCUCAUCGAUUAUCGUAACAUCGACACCUCAGAACUCUCAGAUCCAGGCUCCGUCCGGAACACGCAGCCCUUCUUCAUCACCCGUCCCUUCGUCCUCAACAACCCCGGAGCAGGUUUCUACUGCGCCAACUCCAUCAAGUGCUCCCGUUGAGACCAGUCCUGAGAAUGUUUCGUCGAGCCCUGUUGCUGCACCGAUUACCACACCAGAGGAGUCCACAACCGCUACAGUUGUUACAUCAUCCCCGGCACCAAGCUCGACUCUCGAGCAGCGGUCAUCAUCUCAGGUCCAGAAUACCCCUGACGCGGAGAGGCCUGCAACAACUAGUACUCUGUCUCAAGCUUCGGAGGUCGCUCUGCCAACAACUUUGUCCUCGCCUUCACCUCCUGCGGCUCCCACCUCCCAGACGCCUUCUGACACCGAGGAGCCUAGCAGCACUACGCCUGCCCAGCAGUCGUCCGCAGCAGGUACCGGUAUCCUGCCUCAACUUUCGGAGAUUCUCCGGCCUACGAGCUCUCCCUCGCCAUCUGCGGCCCCGAGUUCUCGGACUCCCGCCGAGGUUGAGCCCAGCAGCAGCACUCCGGCUGCUCAGCAGCCCUCUUCUUCUGCUGGAGCCUCGACUGGUCUGCUCCCUGCACUGUCUGCGAUACUCCAGCCCCUCACAUCGUCUGCGCCUUCUGUGCCCACACAGUCGACUGUGGACGAGCAGCCCACUCAAAGCGCAGACGGAGGACUUCUCUCGUCUCUUCUGGGCGUUCUCCUUCCUUCCAGCAGUGGCCUGCCUGCCUCUGAGUCCAUCGUCCAGCCUACCGAGGUUCCUGUUACCUCGCCGCAGCAGGCCGCUUCAACUGGCGCACUGCCCGAUGUGAUUAUCCCUGGAACACCAUCAGCUACCCCCACCUCAGAGGCGCCUUCGUCCGCGCCAUCGAGCUUCCAGGGUCCCUUCAUUGUUCCGGGAACUUCGGAGACACCUUCGCAGUCUACCGCCACCGACGCUGUCGCCUCUACGGAUCUCCUUCCCCCUGCGUCUGCGAUUGUACAGCCUACUUCGUCUGCUGGUCUUCUAGAUGGCCUGUCUUCGCUCCUUNCUGAGCCUACCCAGGGUGCCUCUACGGGUCUCCUUCCCCCUGCAUCUGCGAUCGUGCUGCCUACAGGCGAUCUCUCUUCGCCCGCCCAGAGCCCUGAUGCUGUUCCCACAUCUCAGGCGGCCUCUACUGGUGGUCUUGUUGGCUCUCUCUUGUCGUCACUUCUUGGUGCCGAGCCUACACCUACCUCAGAUGUCGAGUCUGGUAUUCUUCCCAGCGAUAGUGUAGUGCCUACUGGUGUCUCCAGCGGCGGUAUCAUCAUUGGCAUUACCACAGCGCUCGGCACGGAGACCGCAUCUGCGUCGACUCCUAUCACCAGCGGAGCUUCAGGUGCUAUACCCACCUCGGAGGGUGCUCCUGCCAGCUCUGGCCUUCUCGACCUGUCUUCGCUCCUAUCUUCAUUGGUCUCUGAGGUCCCACCAACUGGCGUACUUCCCAGCUUUGGCUUUGCCAACCCCACUGCUCCUGCCUCGGCCUCGACCACUCCUCCGCCAUCGGCUUCUGGUCUCUUGCCGUCGGUCGCUCCCUCCAUUAUUUCCGAGCUGUCCAGCCUUCUGUCGUCCGCUGUCUCUGCUGUACCCACUGGCUCUGAUCGCCCGAGCUUGAUCUCCAGCUUGGUGUCCAGCGCUGAGUCUGCCCUCACUUCGGCCUCUAUCCUGCCAACUGGCACUCUCCCCGUGCCCAUCCCAACCUCAGACAUCAGCAGCAUUGCUUCCAGCAUCGCGUCUGACUUCUCUUCCGGCCUUGUCUCAUCUGGCAUCCUGCCUUCGGUAACAGUCUCAGGCUCAGUCACACCUUCGGCAAGCGUCUCACUGUCCGCCUCUUCGGGUGUCUUGCCUUCUUUCACAUUAUCCGGAUCAGGUGUGUCUUCUGGCAUUGUCCCGUCGACUUCGGUUGGUACCGCUGUCUCGUCGAGCGCUACCAUCUCGCCGAGCGAGUCUGUCAGCAUCCCGUCUUCCAUUCCCGCUUCUGAGAGUCCCUCCUCUGGCCUCGUCUCGAGCAGUACGGUACCCACCGCUUCCACUUCUGAGUCCACAUCAGCUGCUACAGGCUCCGCUUCCCUAUCUGCUUCAGGAACUGUAUCGUUCACAUCGGAGUCCUCUGUCGCACCUUCUGCUUCUCUUUCAGCAUCAGAGACUCUGUCGGCGUCAGCAUCUGCACCUGCGUCCGUCAGCGUCACAGCAUCUGCUAGCAGCACCUUCCUUAGCGACUCGGCUACGCUCUCGAUUCCUACAACCCCCUCAGCCACCAGCUCGCAGAGUCCCAUUCGUACUGUUGCGCCCACUGCCACCAACACCGAUACCUCCCUUACCGUUCUCACAAGUAUUGUCCAGGAGGCCUCCACGGUUGCUUCGCCGACUGCUUCAACCAGCGUUGGCAUUCCCUCGAGUCUGCCAAGGAUGAUUGCCCCCCCUGAUGGCGUUCCCGGCGAGGUCUCUGAUGACAGCUUCAUGGGCCAGGUGUGCUUCAAGUGGCCAUUGAACUACCCCUUCGUGUCUGGCAGCGAGGACAACGGCAAUCAGAUCUUCCACUACCUGCCCAUAGCUAUCGCAGAUGGUCUCAACAUCUCCACCUCUGACGUCAAGAACUACGGACUGAAGCCUCUGGACACCACACAGUACCAGGGCUUCAUCACUACUAUGGCGAUGUUCACCAUUCCCAAGGACUUGCAGACCAAGCUCGCCGCUCAGCUUCGUAACCCUGCUGAUCCAUUCUGGCACAACAAGGACUCCACUGUCAAUGAUCUGACCAACUUGAUCAACACUGCAUGCCCUCUCGCAGCUGGCGGUACCAUGUCUGGCGGUUCCAACGUCGCUGGUGGUGACCCUGCCGCGACAUCCAUUGGAGGCGCCGGUGAUGGUGGUGCCUUGGGAGGGGAUGCCGGUGCCAGCCGCAAGAUCAACCCGACCAGUGCAGGUAUUGCGACCGGCGCCAUUGUUGGAGCCAUGGCCUACGGUGCGGCUAUGUUCUUCGUCGCUCGCAGGUACCGCAACAAGCGCAUCGCUCACCAGCGCUCCAGCUCCGUCCCUAGCACUAGCCGCAUGACAUACGGUUCCAUUCCUGGUGGCGCGGCUGCCUGGAUGCGUGGUGCCCGCGAUGGCCGCAUGACACCUGGUAGUCGCGGAAGCCAUGGAAGUGCCAGCAGCCGAGGACAGAGCAUCCGUACACAGCAGAUCUCGGCUCCCGUCAUGGCUGAGAACUCGCUAGGCUGGAACUGAGUGUUUGUCCGUCGACACCGUUUACUUGCAGGAUCUCGAGUCAGCUGUUCAGCGCGCGCAUAGCCAGACCACAUGUGCUUCGAUCUCAGCAUCUAUCUCGCGAACCGAUCCAUCCAUGCUAGCAUUUGCAUCUCGCACCUAGCGCACACAACUCUCUCACAUAUUGUCGCUUAUUAUGUUCG